AUGCACGCUGCAACGGUCGGCGCAGGAACAGGAACAGGAAUCCGCUCGCCGCGGUGUGGUUGCACUGCCGCGCCUUGCCUCUUUCUUUCUGCUCUUCAGCCACCACACUUCGAGGGCUUGUUGCUUCUCACCUCAGCUCACCAGGGGUCCAGCCUCACAUGGCAGAGUCACACCAGCCUCUCGUCUAACAUUACAUACAACAAUGUAAUCCUCACCAGCCGUCGUCUUACUGAGGAUGACGAUGCCCUCGAGCCCUCGGGGCGAAUGUUCGGAGUGCUGUUCCUGUUUCAAGACGACGAAUCCACUUCUCAGUCUCGACCUGCGAUCGGAAACAACCCCCAUCGGACGAUGAGCAUCAUCGUCGAUGGCAUCCGCGGUAGAUGGUCUCUCGUCGGGGCCGGAGCCAUGGGUACCGCAUCUGUCUGGUAUGACGCUCCUCCAAACUCAGAUCACCUAUCACCAGGUAGUAAUAGGCAAGUAUCUCAAAGAUCGCACAGCUGUACCUGCAGUCCUCAGCAUCGCAAACCCAUCGGAAACGGACAUCUGCCGCUGCUUUCCACAACUUUAGUCGAGCAACGAGGGUCCUACCUAUUGGCAUGA